AUGAGAUUUUUAUAUUGUGAUUCAAAUGUAACUCCUGAGAUGAAAGAAAAAAUAAAAAAAUUAUUAUUUGGGAAUGCAGAUAAAUUAAAUCACUAAAAUCCAGCACUCUUUUUAUAACAACUACUUAAUAAAAAUUUUGAAAAACUAUGGUAAAAGAUUGUAUAAUAUUAUGAUUAGGUUUGUUUAUGUGGUAUAUAGUCCUGUAGAAUUGGAAUACUAAAUUAGAUCAAAUACUUAAAUAUGUAACAUAAAUUUUGAUAUUUGUAGUAAUUGAUAUUGAAAUUGAAAAAACUAGAUAUAUUUUAGCAUAAUUUGAGGAAGUGAGUGUAGGAACAUUUUCAAAGGAUAAAUUCAUCAAAACUUGUUAACAAAUUGAAAAAAAUAUUCAAUAGCAAUCACAUGAUCUAAAUACAGUUUUACAUGAAUCUUUAAAAUAUUUGGAAUAUAACUUUGGAUCAAGUAGUCAUAUGAUUCUAAUUAAAUGCAAUGAAUAGGAAACAUAAUUAUAAUUUAAUGGUCCUAAUUAGAAUCAAUAUAUCUUCAAAACUCCAAUAAGUGCCUUAGAAUCAAUUUAAGGUGGUAUAUUUUAUAUUCCUUUGGGUGCUGAAGAAGAUGAAGGAAUGCAAGAAUUUCAUCAUGGAAAAACAUCAGAAGAAGAAGAAGAAGAAUUUGAUAAUAAUUAAAUAAGAGAUGAGAAUUAUAUUUAAGAUGAAUAUGAAGAACCUAUGGAUUUAUAAUUUUAAGUUAUGUUAGAUCCUAAAGAUUUCAGAUAAUCAACAGAUUAAGUAAAAGUUAGUUUUGAUGAACUUGAAAUUUAACCUUUGAAAUUACAUUCUUUUUCUAUUCUAUUUUAAAUUAUCAUAUCACCAUUUCCUAAAGAAAUAAGUAUUAUUAUUUAUUAUUAAGUAGAGGAUGAUUUAAAUGUAUUAUCAACUGGAAGUUCUUUAAUGUCUAAAAAUAUGACAUUUGGUAUUAAUAGAGAUUAAUUAUUCUUUUUUAAUUUUUAACUAAUGACUGGUAAAAUGGAGACUCUCUAUUCCUAAAUGAAAAUAAAGAGAAAUCAAUAGUAUUAAAUUGCUCUUGUUUAUACUGAAACUGAAACCUAUAAGUAUAGAUUAUUAAUUUUAUUAAUUAGGGAAGUAUCUAUGUAUAUUAAUGGAGCAAUUGAAAAUUAAAUUAAUUUAUCGUAAUAAUUAGAACCUCCAAGAGGAUUCUUUUGGAUUGGCUCUGAAUAGGCUUUAAAAUUAUUCAAAGGAACACUUUGGGAUAUUGUAUUUAUAGCCUAAGCAUUACAUUAAAAACAUAUAAAAUCAAUAUAUGCAGAACUUUAAAGUGCAUUGUCUCAUAAAUUCUAAAGAAAAUCAAUGGAAAUAGUUGACGAAAUAUUGUAAUAAUUUAAAGAGGAGAUUCCUAUAGAUUAAGAUGAAUCUAAAUUUACACAUACUCAAAGUUUAUUGAAAUAAUAAUCUAAGACAAUGACUAAAGGAAGUAAUAAAAAAUUAUAGAUUCCUUCUCAUUUAUAAAAGAGCUAUCAUGUAUUUGAAGAAAUUGAUAAAAAGAAAUAAUAAUAAUAAGAAUAACCUCUUUAAAAAACAAUAUAAGAAUUUGCAAGUAUAUUAUUAUAUUAAUUUAUAAGGUAGAUUAAAAUAAUUGUUUGUAUAGAAUGAAAUAUUAUAUCAUAAAUGCCAUGAAUUAAGUUUAAAUUUCUAUUGGAUAUUUACUACAGUGUAAUAAUUAGCACCGCCAUUAGAAGAAAAUGGUAGUCCAAAGCUUCCAUUUGAGUAUAUUCAUUAAGAACUAUUUAAAGAGAGGUAAUUUAUAAUCUUAUGAAUCAUUUUAGAUUUGAAACUUAUCCUUAUUAUGCUAUUGAAUUUGAUAGAUUCUGUAAAGUUGUUUAACAUAGUGGUAUUUAGUUAUCACAUGAUGAUAUUUAUCAAUUAGCUGAUAUAACUGAAUCUUUAAGAGAGAACAAAAGAUUUGGUUAUUAUUUAAUAUAUGAUCGAUUAUUAUUAUCAAUUAGAUAAGCAGCAUUAACAGAAUAAGAGAUAGAAGAAGUUAAGAGUUAAUAUAAUACUGAUGAAAAAGAAGCUGAUUAAGAUUUAAUUAUUUAUACUAGAGGGAUAUCAAGAUCAAAACAAGCAUAAGAACAUAACUUUAGUUUCUUUGAAUAAUUAAAAGUAUUAGUUGGAUCUGAGAAUGAAGCUUUUAAAUAUAAUAUUUAAUAUCUUUUAGCUUAUUUUGUAAAUAAUGAUGAAUUUGUAUAAAAAUUAACAGCUGUGUAUAUUCAUAAAGAAACAGGAUAAGAAGUUGAAAUUGAAGGGGUCGAUCUAUUUUCUUAUGAUUAGGAUAAGAUAUUUUAAUAGAAAUUAGAUAUUUCUGAAGAGACUUAACCUAAAUAUUUUAGAGUUCAUUAUAAUGGUGAAAAUAUGGCAAUGAUAUCAUUUAAAACACAUGAAGCAGAAGAAACUUUUAGAAUAGAUAAAACAUUUAUAUAUAGAGAAGGAUAAGAUGCUACAGGUUAAUUAGAAACUUAUGCAUUUGAAUAAUAGAGAUUAGCUGGAUUUAGAGGUAAAAUUGUUAGAAAAGAUGAUUAUUCUCAAAUUAUUAUGUUAGCAGCAGAAUAUUUAUAAAAAGAUCCAAAAGUAGAGGAAUAAAAACGUAAUCAACCUGAAACAUUACCAUAAUUACCAGAAAAUUGGAAUUAAGGAAAAUUCUAACUAAUUAUCAAUAGAUGUUCUGAUUGUGAUAAACACAAAACAACAACAUGGCAUUAUGAAGCUGAUUUCGCAAGUAAAUUUAAUGAAAUUGGAUAAAUAUUAAAAGAUAUGUUUCCAAAUAUUGAAAUAAUAGGAAAUUGGGAUAAAACAUAAUAAUUAGAACAUUUUGAUGUAUAUAUUAGAGGAGUUGGUUAGUUAAAUUAGAUGGAUAAAGAAGGAAGAGUAUUUUUAUUUAAAAAGAAUGAAAAAUUAGCUAAAUUUUUAGAUUGUUUUUUAAAGAGAAUGUUAAAGGUUUAUGAUGAUAUUGUAUUAAUUGCAUAAGCAUAUGGUGAUACAAAUUAUAUGGCUAGUAAAUAAGAAUAAUUUUUGAAAAGUAAUAAUUAUUCAUAAAGAUCAAAAAUAUCUCAUGAUCAUCCAUGCAAUGUACCUGAUAAAUAAGAGAAAUCAGAAAAAGGAGAAGCAUAAUUGGCUGGUAUGGAUUUUAUUUGUAAAAACUGGGGUUGUGGAUAACCAUUUAAAUAUGAUUCAACUCCAAAUGGAAUAAAAACAUGUAAACAUCAUCCUGGUAGAUAUGAAUUUGGAUCUAAACAUGGAUUAUGGCCAGAAUGUUGGACAUGUUGUGGUAAAAAAUGGGAAGCAGAAGGAUGUAGAUUAGCUUAUCAUAAAGGUGUUCCUGAAAAAGAUUUUUAUAAUAUAUGUAUUAAUGUAGGACCUUUAGAUUCUAAAACUGGUUAUCCUGAAGGAACAUGUGGAAUGAGAUUUUAAGAUGGUGAUUCUUCUGAAUGUAAAUAUAAUUCAGGAACUCAUUAAGCUGCANGCAAUGAUAUCAUUUAAAACACAUGAAGCAGAAGAAACAUUUAGAAUAGAUAAAACAUUUAUAUAUAGAGAAGGAUAAGAUGCUACUGGUUAAUUAGAAACUUAUGCAUUUGAAUAAUAGAGAUUAGCUGGAUUUAGAGGUAAAAUUGUUAGAAAAGAUGAUUAUUCUCAAAUUAUUAUGUUAGCAGCAGAAUAUUUAUAAAAAGAUCCAAAAGUAGAGGAACAAAAACGAAAUCAACCUGAAACAUUACCAUAAUUACCCGAAAAUUGGAAUUAAGGAAAAUUUUAACUAAUUAUUAAUAGAUGUUCUGAUUGUGAUAAACACAAAACAACAACAUGGCAUUAUGAAGCUGAUUUUGCAAGUAAAUUUAAUGAAAUUGGAUAAAUAUUAAAAGAUAUGUUUCCAAAUAUUGAAAUAAUAGGAAAUUGGGAUAAAACAUAAUAAUUAGAACAUUUUGAUGUAUAUAUAAGAGGAGUUGGUUAAUUAAAUUAAAUGGAUAAGGAAGGUAGAGUAUUUUUAUUUAGAAAGAAUGAAAAAUUAGCUAAAUUUUUAGAUUGUUUUUUAAAGAGAAUGUUAAAGGUUUAUGAUGAUAUAGUAUUAAUUGCAUAAGCAUAUGGAGAUACAAAUUACAUGGCUAGUAAAUAAGAAUAAUUUUUGAAAAGUAAUAAUUAUUCAUAAAGAUCAAAAAUAUCUCAUGAUCAUCCAUGCAAUGUACCUGAUAAAUAAGAGAAAUCAGAAAAAGGAGAAGCAUAAUUGGCUGGUAUGGAUUUUAUUUGUAAAAAUUGGGGUUGUGGAUAACCAUUUAAAUAUGAUUCAACUCCAAAUGGAAUAAAAACAUGUAAACAUCAUCCUGGUAGAUAUGAAUUUGGAUCUAAACAUGGAUUAUGGCCAGAAUGUUGGACAUGUUGUGGUAAAAAAUGGGAAGCAGAAGGAUGUAGAUUAGCUUAUCAUAAAGGUGUUCCUGAAAAAGAUUUUUAUAAUAUAUGUAUUAAUGUAGGACCUUUAGAUUCUAAAACUGGUUAUCCUGAAGGAACAUGUGGAAUGAGAUUUUAAGAUGGUGAUUCUUCUGAAUGUAAAUAUAAUUCAGGAACUCAUUAAGCUGCAAAAUGGCCAGAUCCUGCUGCUAAAGUCUAUUUUGUACAAAAAAUACAUACUGUAAUUUUAUUAUUAUAAUUUAUAGAAUCCUGCAUAAAAAGAAAAAGAAACAUAACCUAAUAAAAAUAUUUAACUUAGACCAGAUGUAUUUAGAGAAACUAAACCUUAUAAUGAAUUUAUUAAUAAAGACAGAUAAAGAUAAAUGAAAUUAAUUGAAACUGAAAAAGAAUUAAGAACAUGUACUAAUUGGGCAUGUGGAAAAUAAUAUCGUGAAAUUGAAAAUAGAAAAAAAAGAAUGUGUAAAUGUCAUCCUGGAGUAUUUGAUUUUGGACAUACUGCUACUAAAAUUUAAGAAGCUAUUGAAGAAUAUAAAUAAGAUAAAGGAUCUAAAAUUUUAUGGAGACCACAGUAUAUUUUAUAUUUUAUAAUAUAUUAGUUGGACUUGUUGCAGAAAAUCUUGGAAUGAACCAGGAUGUACUUUAUAAUAACACUCAGGACCUUUAGUUGUAGAAUAUAAACCAAAUAAAUAUUAAUGGCCAGAUCCAAAAGCAUAAAUUUACUUCAAAAAAAAAGUUUCAGAAAAUUGGACUAGAAUGCUUGAAUAACAUCAUAAUCUAACACCAGAAACAGCUAGCUUAAAAUAUGAUCUUUUAUGUAAAACUUUAGGUUCAGGAGGAGUAUUAUAUAUAUUAAAUUCUUUUAGUUAAUAUCUGCUUAUAGAUUACCUGAAUUAUGUGAUAAAUUUGAACUUAAUUUAUGGGUUUGUAGUGAAGAUUUAGCAUUUUAAUUUAAAUUUACAGAUAUAAUGGAGGGAAGAGCUUAAGAAUAUUUAGCUGAUACAAGUGGAAAUAUAGAUAAACAUAAAUUUUUGGAUUGGUGGUUUGCUGAUGUCAAUAGAAUGUUAGAAAUUUCAUAAAAAUGA